ACCCUAAAGCGCUCAACCCCUCAGGAAAAUUCAUCACCUCGGAGUUUUCCUACCACCCCUUUUUAAUUUUACUUAUUUUCUCGCGCAGCACACAUCAAUUCCCACCCACUUCAUUUUCCUUCUUCGCAAUCAACGCAUUAAUUUCUCGCCGCAGUCUCAUUAAUUUUCCAAAAAGAAAAUGGAGGUCUCUAAUGGUCACUGCAACGGCAAUGGUUCAUUAAUCCAUAAUGUCUGCACCACCGCCGGAAAUAUGGGCGGUGACCCUUUGAACUGGGGGUGGGCCGCGGAUUCGAUGAAGGGCAGCCACCUGGAUGAGGUAAAGCGCAUGGUGGCGGAGUACCGGAAGCCGGUGGUACGGCUGGGAGGCGAGACGCUGACGAUAUCGCAGGUGGCGGCGGUGGCGGCGGGGGACAGCGGCGAAGUGAGGGUGGAGCUGUCGGAGACGGCGAGGGCGAGAGUGAAGGCGAGCAGCGACUGGGUGAUGGAGAGCAUGGGGAAGGGCACGGACAGCUAUGGAGUCACAACUGGGUUCGGUGCAACUUCGCAUAGGAGAACCAAACAGGGUGGAGCCCUUCAGAAGGAGCUCAUCAGGUUCUUGAAUGCCGGGAUAUUCGGAUCCGGGUCGGAGUCUUGCCACACCCUGCCCCACACCGCAACUCGGUCUGCGAUGCUGGUUCGGAUCAACACCCUCCUCCAGGGCUACUCCGGCAUUCGGUUCGAGAUCCUGGAAGCCAUCGCCGCCUUCCUCAACCACAACAUCACCCCCUGCCUUCCCCUCCGCGGCACCAUCACCGCCUCUGGCGACCUCGUUCCCCUAUCCUACAUCGCUGGAAUUUUGACCGGCCGUCCCAAUGCCAAGGCCGUUGGACCCGCCGGCGAGACCCUGGACCCGGCGGAGGCCUUCCGUCUAGCCGGGAUCGGUUCUGGAUUUUUCGACCUCCAGCCCAAAGAGGGUCUCGCGCUGGUUAAUGGCACCGCCGUUGGCUCCGGCCUCGCUUCCAUGGUUCUCUUCGACGCCAACGUUUUGGCCGUCUUGUCGGAGGUCUUGUCCGCGAUUUUUGCCGAGGUUAUGCAGGGAAAACCGGAAUUUACAGACCAUCUGACCCAUAAAUUGAAGCAUCAUCCGGGGCAGAUCGAAGCGGCGGCGAUAAUGGAGCACAUUCUGGACGGAAGCGCGUACGUUAAAGCAGCUCAGAAGCUGCACGAAAUGGAUCCUCUGCAGAAGCCGAAGCAGGAUCGGUACGCGCUACGGACGUCUCCCCAGUGGUUGGGUCCUCAGAUUGAAGUGAUCAGAGCAUCGACGAAGUCAAUCGAAAGGGAAAUUAACUCCGUGAACGAUAACCCCUUGAUCGAUGUUUCCAGGAACAAGGCUCUUCACGGGGGAAAUUUCCAGGGAACCCCAAUCGGAGUUUCCAUGGACAACACUCGUCUGGCCAUUGCUUCAAUCGGAAAAAUCAUGUUCGCCCAAUUCUCCGAGCUCGUGAACGACUUUUACAACAAUGGGUUGCCGUCGAAUCUCACGGCCGGGCGAAAUCCCAGCUUGGAUUACGGAUUCAAAGGGGCCGAAAUCGCCAUGGCAUCGUACUGCUCGGAACUGCAAUUCCUGGCGAACCCAGUGACCAACCACGUCCAGAGCGCAGAGCAGCACAACCAGGAUGUGAACUCGUUGGGUUUAAUUUCUUCGAGGAAGACGGCGGAAGCUGUGGAAAUAUUGAAGCUCAUGUCUUCUACUUUCUUGGUUGCUCUGUGCCAGGCCAUAGAUCUGAGGCAUCUGGAGGAGAACUUGAAGAGCACGGUGAAGAAUACGGUGGGCCAGGUGGCGAAGAGGGUUCUGACGAUGGGGUUUAACGGUGAGCUCCACCCGUCGAGGUUCUGCGAAAAGGAUUUGCUCAAAGUGGUCGACCGAGAAUACGUCUUCGCCUACGCCGACGACCCAUGCAGCGACACCUACCCAUUGAUGCAGAAACUGAGACAAGUUCUGGUCGAGCACGCCCUCGUCAAUGGCGAGAGAGAGAAGAAUUCGAACACCUCCAUUUUCCAGAAAAUUUGGGCUUUCGAGGGGGAAUUGAAGAUCUUUUUGCCCAAAGAGGUGGAGAGCGCGAGAAUCGAUUUCGAGAACGGCAAAUCGGCUAUUUCGAACAUGAUCAGAGAGUGCAGGUCGUACCCACUGUACAAGUUUGUGAGGGAAGAGUUGGGGACUGGGCUGCUGACCGGCGAGAAGGCCCGGUCGCCGGGGGAGGACUUCGAUAAGGUGUUCGCGGCGAUGUGCGAAGGUAGGAUGAUUGAUCCAUUGCUGGAUUGUUUGAGGGAGUGGAAUGGAGCUCCUCUUCCAAUCUGCUAGUGAGAUAAAUGCUUUCGGUACUUACAGAGGGAGAAGAACAUGGAUCGAUUUGUUUUAAAUUUAUUGUUUAUUGUUUUUAUGUUUAUUUGGGGUUGCAGAUCAGAUAUGUCUGCGCCUGAAAACUGUGAUAUUAAACUGUAACCAAUGUGUAUGCGUUUCUUUUUCUUUCGCUUCAACUUUCUUUGUAUUUGUUGAGGUUCAGAACUGACAAAUACAAAUGUAAUAUACAUAAGUGUCUUUACACAUC